CCCCCACCCCCUCUCUCUCUCCACCCACCAAUAAAUACGAGAAAAAAACCCCACUAAUGCUAGGACCGGCUAAGCUAAUAUCUAUUCUAAACCCUCGAGUCAAACCGAAAAAUCCUCCACCAAACACAUCCUCAAAAAAUAAAACAAAAAUGGCCUUGGAAUCCAGUCACCACCCAAACAAAAACCCCUCCGCCAAACCCCCAAAGUCCAGCCUCGGAGCCGUACCCGAAACCCCACCCUGUGCGGUGGGGUUCAAUUCCCACAAAAACAAGAUAAGCAUUAACUUCGAACCAAUAAUAGAUUACAUAGAAAUGGGUGCCAUUUAAGUUAGAAAAAUGAAACAAAAAAAAAAAGUGGACCUCUUUGUCAUAUAGGCUGGUGCGCAACUUAUCACCCCCUACCCCAGCGGCGCACGUUAGCUCCCGCACUCGCCCACACCUAAGCGGUGGCCUCAUCCAUCUAGAUCUCAAAAUCAGCCGCACACCCCUCUCAUCCCCCUUUUAGCCCCCACCUCCCCACCCCCUACAACAACCAAUCAAUAUGUCACCAAACCCCACUUUCUCCUCCACCUCUCCACCACCAACAUUAUCUCCCACUCCACAAUUGUUCUCCUCCUCCUCCUCCUCCUCCUCCUCCUCCUCCUCUUAUCCUAGUUUUCUUUAUUCCCAGCCCGAAAUCCACUCUGCUAUAGCGCACCGCGCCCCUUAUCCAUCAUCCCACUCUGCCAAAGUGCGCCUUCAUCACCCCCAUCUUUAACCAUCCUUAUCUAAGCCGAGACCAGAAAUUUUAGAUCAUGUCAAACCUAUCUUGUUCUCCCUCACCCCAACAGGACCCACCAUCGAACACGUCGCCUCCACUACCGUCAGAAACGCCGCUGGCCCUCCCAGCACCGCCAGCAUCCACAUCCACACCAUCGGCAACCGCCACCGUCACGCCCAACCCAAGGCGGCUCCCACCACCUUGUUGGUCACACGAUGAAACCGUUGCCUUAAUCGACGCGUACCGCGAUAAAUGGUACACGCUUCGUCGUGGGAACCUCAAGGCCAGCCACUGGCAAGAAGUGGCGGACGCAGUGGCUCGGCGCUGCCCCAUGGCGACGCCUCCUAAAACAGCCGUGCAGUGCCGCCAUAAGAUGGAGAAGCUCCGGAAGCGGUAUCGAACCGAGAUACAGCGAGCUAGAUCCAUGCCCGUUUCGAGAUUUUCUUCUUCUUGGGUCCACUUUAAGCGCAUGGACGCUAUGGAAAAGGGACCAAAUGUGAAACCCGAUUACAACUCGGAUAGCCCAGAUGAGGAAAACGAUGAAGACGAAGAAGAUGACCAAGAUCAAGACUUUUACGAAGAUGGGUAUAAGAACGGAAACGUCAAUACAAGAAGUGUACAAAAGUUGUACCGGAAUGGCAUUGGAAACAGCGGUGGAAGUGUCAGCGGUAGUGGCGGUGGAUUUAGGAUUAGGAUUCCAACUGGAGUUAGUAUAGCACAGCCAGGGCCAAGAUUUUAUGGAAAAAUGGAUCAGAAGUACGCGGCAAACCCUAAUUCUAACGCUAGCCCUAACCCGAUUCCUCACUCUAAUAAGGGUAAUUUUGGUGGGUCGGGGUCUGGGUCGGCUUGUGGGACUAGAGUUUUGAGGGGGUUUGAGGAGAUGCCAGGGAAAACGUCAGCUUCAGGGAAAAGGGAGAGGGAGAGUGAUGCGAUGACGGAGAUGGUGUCGGCGAUAAAGGUAUUAGGAGAUGGGUUUGUGAAGAUGGAGCAGAUGAAGAUGGAGAUGGCAAGGGAGAUAGAGACAAUGAGGAUGGAGAUGGAGAUGAAGAGAACUGAGAUGAUAUUGGAGUCACAGCAGAGGAUUGUGGAGGCUUUCGCCAAUGCAGUUUCAGAUAGGAAGAAGAAGUCCAAAGGAAUGCCCUCACCGGAGACUUGAGAUGGAUUACUUGCUGCAAAAGAUGGAAAGUGGGUUUUCAAUCCUUUGACUACUGAUGUGCCAGUGUUAUUCAUUUGUUUCUGUGCUCGGCUAUGAAGAAGAAAUCUUGACACUUCUGUAGAUGACAUGGAAACUUUUAUUUUUAACGAAUGAGUUGGUGUAGGAAGCAGCAAAGAAAAUGUGACUUAAUUUCAAUCUGAGAUUGUUCUAUGAGAAAAGCCCUGUCUUUGAUUAUUAUUACAUAAAGUGGAAACUACAUAUGGAUAUGGUUGGUGGUCAGCAGAUCAGUUAUCACUUGUCAGGCGCUUGUAUGAUUCAGAACAUCAGGAAAGUUGUUAUUCAGGAAUACGGUCAUCAAAGCUGGUGUUUCGUUCUGUAUACAGCAUUCAUUCGACAGGUUAAAUGGUAAAGUUAAUUUGAAGAGCAUGAUGUCCACAAGAUAUUUCAUUUUCCUGACUUGUAGAACAGUUUGGCGUUUCUUUAUGGCUGAUAUCAACAUUGGUAAAAGACCGGGCAGAUUGCUGAUUAUCUUCCCAUUUGCUAAAUAGCUUAGUUAUGUUUCUAUUCGCAGACAGAUGCACUGUAUCAUCGGCAAUAUUUAACCCUAAUCUAACAAUCUUCACGAUCACGGUGCUGCAUUAGAGAUUCAAUGGUGCCAUUGCCAAGUUUCAUGGUUCAUUUGCACGAGAUGAGGUUAAGAUGUGAUGCGUGAAUACCAGAUAUUCUUAAACUUGUUUGGUUAGCAAGUUCUGUUCUCUCGAUUUAAUUAAAAUGAACGCAAUGCUCCCCUCACAGCAAAUAAAAUCGCUGAAUAUUCACCAUAUUUAAUGGUUUUGGAAAUCUGAGCCAAAUAUGUAACGAUCAAAUUGUGGAGAAUGUCGUCCAGCCAGCUGAAUAAGCAUCUGUUUUAUCUUUUUGCCUUGCAUUAUAUUAGCCAUUUGUAAACUAUUAGUAAAAACUACUAUCUUAACACCUGGGAGUAAGCUAUAUUUUGAAUUAUUUUAUUUUAUUUUUGAGGUUGUAUCGACCUUGAAUGUUUCUUCAGUCUGAUUUCAUUACAUGUCAACAGCUCAAAAUAGGGUAGAUCAUAGAAUUAUCGGGAACGUAUGGUCAUUCAUCAUCUUGCAGAAAAUGCUCUGAAUCUGAUCAUUCUAAUCAGAACCUGCUUUACGACUCAACUUCCCAACUUUGAGGAUGAUCACGCUAUACCCAUGCUAUCUGUAGAUAAUUAUAAAUAUUUCAAGUUGGGAUUUUCUAUUUUAUAUCAAAAUGUUAUGUUUUUGUUCCUUGUCAUUACUAUAGCCAACCAUUUUCAAAUGCCCAUUCUUUUUCAUCUGGGGCCGUCCAACAUGAAGCAUAAUACCAAAUACCAAGAAUAUUAUCUUGCGAGGUCGGAGGUUCUGAACCAUAAUUUUGCAGCGUUGUGGUUGCAGUUUGGGCUUUCUUUUGCCUGCUGGAAAAUAAAACGAAAAAUUGAAUAAAAAAAGGAGGACUGUUUUGGGGAUUGAACCCGACGUGAAUCGAACACGCAACCUUCUGAUCUGGAGUCAGACGCGCUACCAUUGCGCCACGGAUCCUUGUUGAAAAUAUCGGCACUAAUUACUUUCAACAGCUUUUAUUCACGAAUGACUAUAACAAAAAUAAGCAAGCGUAGCUCCUGGUAUACAUGCUCACACACAUACAUGUAUAUACCAUGAUCAAACCUGGGUCACCUGUCAUCAGUCAAGUCAAUCCACGAAGUGACCAAAGAAAAGGCAACCAUUCUUCCAUAGCAAGAACUACAUUACUUGUAUGAUUAUUUAAGGCCAAAUUAGGUUCAAAUUGAUUAUAUUUUUUAACCGACUCUUUGGAAACAAAAUCUUGGUGGGUAUUCAUCGGACACUGGAAGUAUUAGAUGAAAAAUU